GUAUAGACACGCUGUAGAAGACAUUACCUAUCCUUCCGUGAGCAACGUUUAUAAUCGUCAGUAACCGGUAACGAUGAUUCUCGUAGUCGUAUUUGUUUCUAUUUUUAUUAUUAUUUGUAUUUUAGAUGUUAUUACACCGCAUAAAUAUCCAAUAGGACCCACAAGAAUUCCAUUGCUUGGUAGCUAUUUAGAAAUUCAAAAGCUUAGGAAAAAAUUAGGAUUCUACCACUUGGUUUGGGAUCAGUUGUCCAAAAGUUAUGGACAAGUGUUUUCUGUUAAACUUGGUCUAAUAGAGGCUGUGAUAGUUUCUGGGUAUGAUGCAGUACGGCAAGUAUUGUGCAAAGACGACUUUGAUGGUCGACCUGAUGGAUUUUUUUUCCGAUUCCGAGCUUUUAAUAAGAGAUUAGGCGUAGUAUUUGUGGACGGGCCAACGUGGAUUGAACAGAGAAAAUUUUGCAUGCAACAUUUACGAAAAAUGGGAUUUGACGGUGAUUUAAUGGAAAAAAUUGUAGUUGAAGAAGUAAACGAUCUCAUGAUCGAUAUAACGAACAAAUGUGAGAAUGGCAAGCCAAUUGAAGUUAACGGUUUAUUCGACGUAUCAAUUUUGAACGGUCUUUGGGCAAUGUUAGCUGGUCGCAGAUUUGCAUUGAACGAUUCUAAACUUGCAAGACUUAUGGAAUUAGUACAUGUCAGCUUUAGAAUGCUUGACAUGUCAGGUGGAAUAUUAAACCAGAUGCCAUUCCUUCGGUUUUUAGCACCCAACUCUUCAGGAUAUAAAGAUAUCAAACAAAUUUUAGUCGAAUUCUAUACGUUUUUAAAAGAAUCAAUAGACGAACAUAAAUACGGGAUAAAUGAUCAAGAGGAUUUUAUACAUGCAUUUUUAAUGGAAAUUGAGAAAAACAAAGAAACUCCGGGGUCUUUUUCAGAACAUCAGCUUCUUGUUAUAUUAUUGGAUCUAUUUUUAGCUGGAUCGGAAACCACAAGCAGUAUGUUAUCGUUCGUAAUAUUACAUUUACUGAAACAUCAAGAUGUACAAGAUAAAGUACACGCAGAAUUGGAUUCAGUAAUUGGAGAUAGAGAAAUUCAUUUCGAAGAUAAAAAAAGAUUGAAUUAUCUCGAAGCUGUAUUAAUGGAGGUCCAGAGACAUAGUAACGUUGCACCGUUAGCAAUCGCUCAUAGAACUAUUCGGACAACCAGCCUACAAGAAUACAUAAUACCAAAAGAUACAUUGAUAUUGGCGAGUAUAUGGAGCGUUCAUAUGGAUAAAAAUCAUUGGGGUGAUCCCGAAGUAUUUCGACCGGAGAGAUUUUUAGACAGUACCGGACAAAUAAUAAAUGACAGUUGGCUUAUGCCAUUUGGCGUUGGUAGGCGAAGGUGCCUCGGUGAGGUACUGGCAAAAACCAAUAUGUUCAUGUUCAUUGCCAAAUUAAUUCAAAAAUUUGAGAUACGAAUUCCACACGGAGCCAAAUUGCCAGAUAAACAUCAAGAUGGUGUCACUAUAUCUCCAUCUCCAUUUUCUGCUAUUUUUAUACCAAGACGUUAAUUUAAGAGAUUAUAAUAAAAUUUAAGAAUUAAAAUUUAAAACACUCAUUAUGUGUUAAUUCAUAAUCAUAGAAAAUAAAAUUACAAUAAGUAUUUAUCACAUACAAUUACUAGUUAUAACUUAUACUUAAAUAUUAUUUAUUUAUUUUAUUAUUAUUAUAAGUAUUUAUAUUAAAACUUAAAAGGGGAUAAAAAGGGAAUUUUUUUAACUUAAACACUAAAUGUCUUAGUUAUUUAUACACAAAACUACUGCAGGUUUAUUAUUUCAUAAUAAUACAUUUCUGUUUAAAUACAAAUAACAUUUGAAUUCAUUGCAAUUUUGUUUGAUUGUAAGUGGUGCAGACAACAUAAUAUAUUUAUGACUUACUUAUUAGUAUUUUAAAACAGAAAAGUAAUAAUGCAAAUUUUAAUCAUAAUUAUUAUACAAACCAAAUAACCGUUUUUCGUUACGACAUUUAACGCAAACACAACCUAUAUAUUUGUAGCAAAUCACCCAGGAGGCUCGGGUUCAAUUCUAUCACGGAUAUCAAACUUUUUGUUUUGGUCGCAAAGUGACUUUGGUCGAAAAAGGAAUCGACCUUUUUUAAUUUGUUCAAGAGGUCAAUUAGCCGAAAGGGAAGGGUACGUUUUUGGUCUAAAAUGCCACAACGGUAUUAAGCGAGUUUAGAUUUGAAAUACAUGAUCCUUACAUAAUAAACAAUAAAUAUAUACUUACAAUUACUAAUAAUAGAUAUCUACCUACUUAGUCUUAUCUG